AUGUCUCCGCCCAUGGACACCAGUUACCUUACAACUCAGGUGAAUACGAUCAUUGGUCAACUACACACGAUAUGGGAUGAGAUUGGUAUACCUCGCAAUGAGCGCGAAUCGCGAGAAACAGAGCUCUUCGCCGCUCUUUCAGAUACUCUACACAAUCAGCUUCGUGUGGUCAACUCACAGAAGAAUGAAAUCACAGAAGAAGCCAACGAUAUUAUCAAGACCAUCAAGCAGAUGGAAGCAUCACUAGAUGAUGAGAAACAGCGAGGCGGCUAUGACCUUGGUACUUCUGGCCUUCGAGUGACGUUUCCGCUCAACGAAUGUCUACGUGAUCUGAAAGAGAAACACAACAUUGUCUUAAGGCUCCACCGUGAGCGAUUCGAACAAGUCAAGAAGCUGGUCCAGGCUCUUGAGUCAUACUCGUCUCAUCUUGAGGCGUCGUUCGUCAAGAUUCGGCUCCCACCUACGAACAGCAGUACCUGUCCACCAAACUUCGAUUUGUCUCCUUCUUAUGUCGCCACACUCGAUGAAGAAUUUACCAGAGUGUAUGAUGAGUACAACAAACGAGUGAGCCUGGUCCAGAGCAUGGGCGAAGAAAUGAUCCGCCUUUGGUCCGAGCUGGGUAUUCCACAAGCGCAAACAGAUUCAUUCAUUGUACAGCACUACCGCGAAUCGCCUGAGCAGCUCGGGCUCCAUCAGUCAGAUGUUGAUAGAAUCAAAAGCAAGCGUGACAAGCUGGUCGACGAAAAGAAGAGCAGGGAAAAGAGGUUGGCCGACAUGAGAAAGGCUGUCGAAAACUUGUGGGACAGACUUGGUGUCGAAGAACCUGACCGGAAGGCUUUCCUCGCCGCCAAUCGCGGCUGUGGCCUCCGGACUAUCAAUGAAUUCGAGGACGAGCUGGCGAGACUCAACGAGUUGAAGCGACAAAACCUACACCUCUUUGUUGAAGAUGCACGUGUGAGACUUCAGGAACUCUGGGAUGUGCUGUAUUUCUCCGAAGAGGAGAUGCUCGAGUUUACUCCGGCUUUCUCGGACGUCUACAGUGAUGCCCUGCUUUCGGCGCACGAGGCGGAGAUUGAGAGAUUGACUGUACUCUCGGAACAGAGAGCACCCAUUCUCGAGGCCAUUGAGAAGCAUAAGUCGCUGGUUAACGAUAGAGAAUCGCUCGAAGCUUCGGCAGCUGAUGCCUCGCGGCUGCUGAUGAAACCUCAGAAAGGCGAAAAGCGCGACCCAGGUAAACUUCUUCGAGAAGAGAAAAUGCGCAAGCGCAUUGCGAAAGAGCUACCGAAGGUCGCUGCUGCUCUAGUCAAGACUCUGCAAAAGUACGAAGACGAUUAUGGCAAGCCGUUCUUGGUUCACGGUCAGAGCUACCUCGAGGAGCUGGAAGACAUGGAGACGAGAGCGCCGCCUCCUCGAUCAAAGACCCCGAAUGGGAUGGCACCACGGCCCAAAACUCCAGGUGCUCAGCAGACAAAACCCACACAGCCGAAGUCAGCUCCAUCAACUGCUGUACGGAAUCCGCCUUCACGUCCACAAAGCUCCAUGCGCGGACAUGCGCCUUCGAAAUCCGUUAGCAAAACACCUACUCUUAGUCGCGCGGGCUCGAACCGGUCACAAGCUCCACCUUCCGUAGCAUCAACCACUGUGCCGUCAGCUCAGAAAUCUCCGUCAAGGAUUCCAGCCAGAGUGCCACUUGCGCACCUUCAACACGGCGGCAACUCGCCUGAGCGUCGCCAACAACCUCACCUACAACAGCAAGGCGCACAGCCAAAUUACGCUGCCAGUGCACGAACAAUGGGCCCUCCUCGAGCUCCGCCUCCAAAGAUGCGUGAUCUUGCCGCGCAGCCUCCUCCCCAGCCCGCUCAUGCUCAGUACAACCCGGCUCAGUCGCAACGCCCAAUAAGCACUCGCUCGGACAGCUCGGAUGAGAGCGGACGCUAUGUUCGCCCAAUGUCUCCUGAAGAUGUCUACGACGAUCGGGAGCGCAUGUCAUAUAUGUCAGCGUCACUUGUGAAUCGGGAUCGCCAGCUCCAGCAAUAUCCUAGUGCUCCAAGACCUCCGUCCAGACAGCGGGAUCACGAUCCCUUCAAAUGCUCAACUACGCAGCAUUCAGCUGCGAUGGCUCCUCCACCUCGCCCGGACCCAACGUCACGACAGACUUCGAACACUUCUUCAAACAUGACGAACGGCACCACUGCCACGAGCAGCUCAGAAAACUGGGAGACUUACUCUGAUGUGAGCGAACUAGAGCCUGAUAGGGACGGUAGAGAUACAUACUAUCCCAACAGAUACGACCCAGCACCUCCACGACGGACGCAAGCCGCGCACUCUCACAUGGGGCCACCGCCACCAAAGAUGAGGCCGCAAGGCUACCACCCUGCCCCAGCGACUAUCCAUAUCACGGAUGAAAACCACUACAUGAUGGGCGAACGACUUGCCAGUGUAGAAGGUAGCGAGGGUGCUUGGAGCACGGAGGCUGAAGAGACGUAUUGA